GAAAUCAAAAUUUCAUUUCGCCUGAUUGAUCCGGCGAGGCGAUUGCAUUGACCACCAUCGGUCUGAUUUAUCGCGAUCGUGAGCUGCGUACUGAUCAGUUGGACACGUCGGCCGCAUGCGAAUUGAUGUGAUUAAUUAACAUGAAGCGAAACGCGCAAAUUCGCAAUGAGUUAUUACACGCGCUGCCUACGCGCUGCUAAUUAAACACACGCCAGCCACACGCACUCGACUUUAGUUAGACUCGCCUGUGAACGGAAGCGGAAGUGUGUAGACUUCGAUUUCGAAUAUUAAUUAAUGAAUGAUUGAUAUGUCAAUACAAAAUUUAAUCACACGUAGACGAUUGAUAUUCGUAUUGAAAGUAAGUAGUACAAAUGAUGGUUAAAUGGCAUUCUUCGGUUGCAAUUUGAUUGCGAUUGUGAACGCCCGUCACGACAACAAUCGCGAGAAUCAACAAUAUCAAUAACAAUCAAGGAUUGUUGCGCUCGCUUCGCGCAAAAUGGCAAUUACGCUCGUCGACAUUAAACGCAACCUGCCAGCGCAACCGAGCCUCUAGCGCAUUGAUAAGCACGCCGGCGAUUUAUCUAUCUGCCGCCGUAUACCGUACGCAAAGUGCAUUUGCUACGCGCUAUAAAUGUUAUAAAUAAUUACGCAACAGGUUAAUUAUUUCGCGACGUGUGUGCGCUGCCAUUUAUUUCACGCCGGAGUUCGCGUUCUGCGUAUUUCGCUGUUUGUUAUUCAACCAGCACAGCGAUAUUUCUGUACUAGACACGUAUUUGUAUACUGUGUAAGGACUUGCCGUGUCUCGUCUAUUGUGCCUUUGUGUUCACAACUGGCCAGAGCGGUGUCCUAUUGUGGCUCGCACGGAGCGACUGAAGAACAAACAGCCGAAUACGCAAGAGGUGCUAACUCGCGAAUAAACCAACUUUUUUCAGCGCCAAACUCAACAACGUUAAUAAAAUAUAUGGUGACCCAGGAGAAACAAAGAAACGUAUUUUAAAAAUUGGAUAAAACUGAUUUAAUUGUUGUGAUUUCCCAUACGAGGAACUUGAAACUCCGGAAGCGAAAAGCCGCGCGCGCAUUUCGUGUGCAAUGUUGGAUGGUUGUCAUUUUGCUAUUAUCGGACCUUCACGGUCCAUUUCGUCCACGUACGUCCACGAGGCGACGCGUGACCUUUGUAUCGUAUGUCCACAUUAAACCGUUGUUUUGCACGCAGAUUCAAUCAGGCGACACCUUCGCGACUACCAAAGAAGAGGAAUGGGUGAGCAAGAAGAAGACCGAGGUGGUCAACACCAAACAAAUCGAGACUAGAGUUAAGCGACAAGUGGUCCUCGAAGAUGGGAAGGUCGUGGAGGACUCAGGUCCGCAGGUCACCACCAAUACCACCGAGGAUAGUGAAACCCAGGAACACCAUCAAACAGAAUUAAAGAAGUUGGGAGAAGAUGACGACCUGUACAAGAUCACAGAAGGCAAAGAUGCAGUGGACGGCGGCAAGUGGGUCGCGGUGGCAAACCCUGACGGAGUGGUACGCGAAGUAAAGGAGCGACGCGUUAUUUCCAGGGAGGAGACCGAAGAAGUCAAGGAAACCGAAGAUGUGCAACACCUUGGCGACAUCACUGAUGAGGACUUCCUAGCGGCGGUGAACUCGGGUCGCAAAGACGUCCGCUCGGUGCUUCGCGCGCGCGAAGCCGGCAAGACGUUAGUGUCGACCGGGCCGCGGCUGAUCCGCGACACGAACAAAUCCAACAAGGUUACCGAUACGGAGGAGACGCGUGAGUUGAGCUCGGUGCAGGCGGACGGGAAGAUCAUCACCGAAACGCAGCGGACCACCGAGCACGAGGAGUUGGAUGAUCGGGAACUGCCCAAAACCAGCGAGGAUAUCAAUUCGCACAAGGAGAGUUCCCAAAGAUACUUCAAAGCAAGAGAACAGGAAGAAGUUGAUUACUAUGCGGACGGUGUAAAGAUCGGUCACGAAAUGCGCUUCAAAGGCGAGACCACCGAAGGAGAAAGGCGAGGUGAUGGACUGGACGACACUGAUUGGGACUCCCUUUCAGCGAGAGCCCGCCGCAGGACCAACCAGAGACAGUACCAGAUGCAUCGCUAUCGCUUAGAUGCAGCCCCCGGCACCAGUCUCUUAGAACGCAAAGACGCUCUCACCCGCAGACCGCUAGAUUUCGAUGCUGAGGAAGAAACCCGUAAGGUGGAAACCUCCAAGUGGUUGGAAAACCACUUCGGCAGUGAAAGCCGCUCUUCUAAAGACUCAUUUGUAGAUGAAGAUGAGAAAGAACCGCCGGCAACCUCAUUCUUCAAUGUCACCAUCAAGUCUUCCCCGAAGAACGAACCGGCCGUUGUCAAUCCACCGCACCAUCAUCAAACCCACCAACAGGUCACGCAUUCAAACCGGCAGCAACAAAGCGGGUACUUUAAAGGGAUCAGCGAAUGGUCUGAGAGGAGACAACAGGAAGAGAGAAGAUCUCCUGUUCAUUACAAGACAAAAAGCUCUCCUGUGCAAGAUUAUAGACAUUUCUCGGCGUCCCCGACGAUGAACCGAUCGCCAGGGUCACCCAUCUCACCGCGGUCACCAAGUCAUCAGAUUAUUGAUUCUACUCCAGUGCCUCCUCAGAGGCAACGGAGACAGAGGACUUCACAAGAGAGCAGGUACGAUAGUGGGUACCGCACGCCGACAAAAUUAGAUAAAGAGGAACCGGAGGAACCUCCGCCGGAUUACUCACCUCCAACACCUCCACCCAUUCAAGGAGAGAAGAAGAUCCAGAAGACCCGCUUCGCAGAGACGAGUUCCAGCCAUUCCAGGGAGACACCUGUGCCAACAAAACAAAAAAGUGGGAAUAUUAUUGGUCAGUCGAUACGUAAACUAGUAGGCAAGAUACGUUCAGCGAGCGCGGAGCGCAAGGCCAAGCAACGCGCGAAACAACGCAGUCCCAGCCCAUCCUACCAGCCAGGACAUCAAAUCGACAGGGAUAUUACAGGAACACCACAUAGUAUGGACAAACCUGUGCAGCGGUACUACCUGGGAGAGGACCCAUUCGCGGGGAGUAUCUACGGAAGGGAGAAUAAGUACGAUGGGGUGAAACCAGCGCGCACAUCAAGACGACAAGGUCGUGACUCCGGACGGAUCGAGUAUGAAGAAAGAUCGGCGAUCAACUCUCUUGGGCGAUUCAGUAAGUCGACGCCGCGCCUGCAGACCGCCACGACGCACGAACGCUUCUCGCAGACGCUGCCCAGGCAUUCCACGAGCAAACACGAGACUCCGACGCGUCUGGAGCGCAACGAGCACAGCAACAGUACCAUCAACGUGUCGAUCAUCAACAAGCACCAGCAGGGUCAGCCCAGCCCGCCGAAACCACAACGCACUUUCAAGACCAAUCUAGCAAGGAGUAAGAGUUUCCAGACGGCCGGUAUGUACAAGUCCAACCCGCACCUCAGUAGGAUCAACGAUAUGCAGCCAGGAUUGAGUGGACUCACAAGUCCUGGACUCAUCUCCAGUCUAAGUCGGAGUCAACGAGAUCUCCUCAGCCAUCAGGACACCUCUUUGGGAUCUAGAUACUACGAAACUACCACAAGCACAGGGAAUGGUUUCGGAGAUGAUUUCAGCAAGAAGUACACCACCAGGGAGUAUUAUAUGACCCCGACCACCCAUGAGGAUACAGAUGCUGCCGCCAGCAACUUCAAGACCACGUCGAUUCUCAAGAGCACCUCCAAGUACGGCGGUGAUAUUUACGAGCCGCCCACGCGGCUGCGUGACACUCAGUACGCGACCACAUCUGCACCAAGUGCAGGGGCAGCUGGUAACACUGUCAUCCGCCGAGGAAGCGUCAGUAGUGACUUCUCGGAGACUUACCAUACAACCACGAAGAACGACGACCCUCAUAGACCUUCGAUUACUAACACCACGCAGAAUAUUUCACGUAAAACUCUGCCGUCCAAAGAUGGCCGCGCGUUGCAGACCAUCGAGUCCACUGAGACUCACUCGGUGACCAGGAGUCAUUAUAAGGGUGAACCCACGACUAGAACUUACUAUGAUGGCGAGUCGGGGCAGAGAUACGGCAGUGUCAGCCCUGUGGUGAUCGAAGUUAAGCACUACAACAACAGACGUUGAAACUUUAUCGCAGAGAGUAAAAAAUCGGGGUCUACAAGAUGGCUCCGCAAGGACUGCGUAACUGCCCACACGUAUUCAAUUUGCCAUGGAACUCGAAGUUUUUCACUUUUAUAUUUAUGUUUAACCGCGUUAUUUACAUUAAUUUAUCUAAAUAUUAACCAGCGUCGUUUACUUAUACGAGUUUAGGAAGGUAGACGAUUCGGCAGUGCUCAUGUUAGAUGUAUUCUUUACGAAAUAAGGUUAUUCAGAUGCAAGCUAAUGUUUUAACUCGAAUUCUGUACGUUGUAAUUGUUCUAAUACGUAUUAAUAAAUUAUUGUCGAUAAAA